CCAAACUCUUCCCUUCUUCUUCUUCUUCGUCCUCCCUCGUUUCUCUUUCUCUUCCAUGAAACCCUAGGCCCAAAUGUCCUUCUCUGCCCUCUUCCUCAUCGCCGUCCGGGCCUUAUUACUGCUCUCCUUCUUCAACUUCGUCGCCCUAUCUCAGCUUCAAAACGAUGCCGCUUCGUGCCCUUUGAACUUCACCGUCCUUCGGCAACUGGCCCCAAGCCCUAGACGACGUUCUCUCGACGUCACCAACGAGUGCCGGUAUGUCCUCCAAAGUCUCCGACUCGUCCAGUCUAACUAUCUCCGACUCACCAACUCGUUUGUCCCUCCUCUCAACUCGUCUGACUCGUGCUGGUCCGAUUACCAAACCCUGCUUAAGGAUUACGUUCCUAAUUUUGAUAUUCGAUCCAAGUGUGGCUUUCAAACCAGCUGGAUCUCCCAGGGUUGCAUGAACAUCACCACCAGGGCGCAGUUCGAAGCCGUCGUCCCCAAGUCGGUGGUGAAUGGUAUCGUUGAUAAUUGUAACCAGUCGCUUCUUAAUGGUUCGCCCUGCGCCGCUUGCACAACCAGCCUGUCCAAUUUGCGGGCCUUGUAUUUGACCGGAACCUCCAUCGGGAACGUCUCCGAUUGCACGGCGUACCCGUCGAUUUAUGCGGCGGCUUUCGCCAACCAAUUUGGACCCACCGAUAUAGGAACGGCCAACUGCUUGUUUUUGCUCGAUUUGACGACUCAGAGCUCAGCAGGUAUGAAAAAACGGAAGAAAAUUGUGAUUUUGAUCGCUUUGAUUGGUUCUGGUUUAGGGUUGCUGGUGAUAAUUGGUGGGGUUUGGUUGUUAUGGCAUAAACAUAUGGAGUAUAAGGUGAAGAAGAGGAAGGAGGAACUCUCUAAAGAUAGAGAGAGAGGUUUGGGCUCGGCUUUGGAGUCCAUUAGUGGUAGUACUAAUUUGAUAAAGUUUACUUUUGAUGAGAUUAAGAAGGCAACUAGAAACUUCUCUAGGGAUAACAUAGUUGGGAGAGGAGGGUAUGGGAAUGUUUAUAAAGGAGUAUUGCUUGAUGGUAGUGAAGUUGCUUUGAAGAGAUUUAAGAAUUGUUCAGCUUCAGGUGAUGCCAAUUUUGCUCAUGAGGUUGAGGUUAUUGCUAGUGUUAGACAUGUCAACCUUGUUGCUUUGAGAGGUUAUUGUAUUGCUACUACUCCCUUUGAGGGUCAUCAAAGAAUCAUUGUGUGUGAUUUGAUGAAAAAUGGUAGUCUUUAUGACCACUUGUUUGGAUCUCCUGAUAACAAGCUCAGUUGGCCUAAUCGACAAAAUAUUGCCCUGGGGACCGCAAGGGGUUUGGCAUAUUUGCAUUAUGGGGCACAACCCUCAAUCAUCCACAGAGAUAUUAAAGCUAACAAUAUACUUUUGGAUGAGACUUUUGAAGCCAAGGUAGCGGAUUUUGGACUUGCAAAGUUCACACCUGAGGGAAUGACACAUUUGAGCACGAGGGUAGCUGGAACCAUGGGAUAUGUAGCUCCAGAGUAUGCCUUGUAUGGCCAGUUGACAGAGAGAAGUGAUGUGUACAGCUUUGGUGUUGUGCUUCUUGAGCUUCUAAGUGGGAAGAAAGCACUCCUUGUGAAUGAUGAGAGUCAACCCUCUCUUGUAACAGAUUGGGCAUGGUCUUUAGUAAGGGAAGGGAGAGCUUUAGAUGUUAUUGAAGAUAAUAUGCCAGAAAAGGGUGUGCCUGAAAUCUUAGAGAAGUAUGUGUUAGUUGCUGUUCUCUGUUCUCAUCCACAGUUGUAUGCCAGGCCAACUAUGGAUCAGGUUGUGAAAAUGUUAGAAACAGACUUGUCAGUGCCCAGUAUCCCGGAAAGACCAAUUCCUCUAGUAGCUGAUCUUGAUGACAUUGAAAGAUCUGUCAGCAGUAGUGGCUCGGGUAAUCUCUCGAGUUCUGGCUUUCAUCAAUAUCACAGUUGACAUCCUUUGGUUGCUAGUACGAAAAGGAAAAAGGCAGAACUUCCAGUAUAGAAUGGUGGCAAUGAAACUAAAUCUAAAAUAUCAGGUCCUGAUUGGUAUGCUUGCCGGAUAUUCUUGUCGGGGCUGCACGGUUCCUGAUUCUGGAGAUAGCUGUUCUGUAUCAUUAGUUCAUUCUUCUUAAAGCUUUUAAAUUAAACAGAUAAUGAUUUUAAACAUACCACUGACGUUUCAGUUUCAUUUGUAUCAUAUUCAAUAGCCUGAUUGGAUAGAGCAUUAGAAUUGUAUAUAAUUGUGCUAUAUCAAACACAUUCAUUUUCUGGUGCA